AUGACGGUUCACCAUGAAGUAUCUCUGCUUAUUGUAGAGAUCCAACUGUUUGCCAGUAAAAGUUCAGAUGGACAAACUAGUGCCAAAUUUGGUGUUCUGUUCAAUGCCUAUAAGUGCACCAGUAUCUUUGAGGCUUUGGUUUUGAUUCUGAGGGCUGCCAAGAUCUUUCUGAGGGCUGCCAAGAGGAAAAAGAUCAUCGCAUUUGAAGGGGAGCUGCUCCUGCAAGGUGUCCAUGACAAUGUUGAUAACCAUCAGCUUCAUUCUUGUAGGAGUGUGUUAUCAUUAUUCGGGUGAUAAGUCAAGUGUUCCUUUGGGGCUUUACUAUUACUAUUACAUCUACCAGGGAUCAUAAAUCAACAUUUUAUAAAUUCUUAGGACUACAAAUAUUGUAUUUCUAGGGGA